AUGGAAGCUCCUGCAGCCAGCCCAUGGAAGAAGAGAGUCUGCUGCACAGCAAACACCAGCAUUGCUGCCCAUGGAAACCCCUCCUCCCUGUACCCCUUCAACUAUAACCACUGUGGGACGAUGACCCCAGCCUGCAGACACCACUUUAUCCAGGACACAUGUUUCUAUCAGUGCUCCCCCAACCUAGGACCCUGGAUCCAGCCGGUGACCUCAUGUUGUAGGAAGGAACGGGUCCUGAAUGUUCCCCUGUGCAAGGAGGAUUGUAUUCAAUGGUGGGAGGACUGCCAAACUUCCUACACCUGCAGAGAUAACUGGCACACAGGUUGGAAUCAGACUUCAGGGAUUAACGAGUGCCCAACUAAUGCCACCUGCCACCCUUUCCCAUUUUACUUCCCAACACCAGCCUCCCUAUGUGAGAACAUUUUUAGUCAUUCUUACAAAGUAAGCUCUUUUGGCAGGGGCAGUGGUAAAUGUAUGCAGAUGUCGUUUGACCCAGCCCAGGGAAACCCCAAUGAAGCUGUGGCUAAAUACUAUGCUUUUGGUGCUCUUUCCAUUCACCUCGUUGUAGUCAUGUAUGUUGUCUCUUUGUCUCCAUUCACCUUACUCUACUUAAAAUCAUGCUUCUCUACUGCAUAUCCUUCAGAAACUAGAAGACCCCAACCGGCUCCUUCCUUCCACCUGGCUUCCUUCUAUGAAUUCUAUUUUGGAAAUGCUGAGUUUGAGAUGACCGUAAGACAUCUAGGUGAAGAUGUCUUACAGGUAAUCGGGGAUGUGGGAAUGGGAAUCAGGAAAAUUGUUCAGUUUACUCAAGGAUGUUGCCUGCCACUCAACCCAGGGUUUCAAAACCAUACAGAAACAUGA